AAAUAUAGUAGUAACAUAUACUACAAUAGACUUUCAUUCAAAAUCUACCACAUUCGAUGGAAUUAAUUGGUAAUUAUUGACGUUAAACGGUGAUUUGAUUAGGACGAAGGAUCGCAUUGGAUAUUUAAUGGAAUCCGAAACCGGCCAGAAAUCAGUCAAUAGACGUUGUGCCAUCGCCUCAACUGCAUCGCAAUUUACUCGCUCGUGCCUACACUCUCAGCAAACAACAAUAACAGCAGCGGCAGCUUUUUACAGCUCAAUUAAAACACAAAAAUUAAAUCCGUUCAUUUUCUUUUAGUGAACAUUUUAAUAACGUGCAUGUCUUAUGUGUGUGUAUAAAUUUUUACUGCAAUCUUUCGGGAAUAUUUCGACUCAUUACCGAGAAUAGUAUUUGGUCAACCGGUUUUUAUUCGGUUGAACCUGUGCACAAGAACAGAGACCGUGUGAACUCGGAAAAUUAAGGCAAAAACUAAGGAAGAGAAACGAAAACAUUCGAUAUGGGGUGGUAUAGUACGUUGACGCGUAAAAAGCCGAUUAGUGAUUCUUCGCCCACGAAAUUGGCCAAAGUGUUGUCGGCCCUUGAUUUAACGGCACUUGGCAUCGGUAGUACGCUUGGAGUUGGUGUAUAUGUUCUGGCGGGUGAAGUGUCGAAAGAAAAGGCUGGACCGGCCGUCAUUCUCAGUUUUAUGAUUGCGGCGAUUGCAAGUGUUUUUGCGGGUUUAUGCUAUGCAGAAUUUGGAGCCAAAGUACCUCGUGCAGGCUCGGCAUACGUCUAUUGCUAUGUUACCAUCGGAGAAUUUAUCGCAUUUAUCAUCGGAUGGAAUUUGAUUUUGGAAUACUCGAUAGGUUCGGCGAGUGUGGUUAAAGGUUUGAGCACCUACGUCAAUUCAAUGACUGGUUUUCAUGAAAAACUCAUUGAAAUUAUGCCAAUUAAUAUAUCCGGACUUUCGGAGUUUCCCGACUUUUUUGCCUUCGGUGUAACGAUUUUAUUUUCAUUGGCCAUUGCGUUUGGCGCAAAGGAAAGUUCAAUCGUAAACAAUGUAUUUACAUUCCUCAAUUUGGCCGUGGUUUUAUUCGUAAUCAUUGCUGGAAGCCUCAAAGCCAAUCCAUCGAAUUGGAAUAUACCAGCGGCUGAGGUGCCGUUGCCGAAUCCAAACGAAACUACUGUUAAAGAUUACGGUAGUGGUGGUUUUGUGCCAUAUGGUAUUUCGGGUGUUUUGAAAGGAGCUGCCACUUGUUUUUACGGCUUUAUUGGGUUCGAUUGCAUUGCAACGGCUGGUGAAGAAGCAAAAAAUCCAAAACGUUCGUUGCCUGUUGCCAUCGUUAUUUCGUUGUUGGUCAUAUUCUUGGCAUAUUUUGGCAUUUCAACCGUACUAACGAUGAUGUUACCCUAUUAUGCGCAAGAUAUAAACGCUCCAUUGCCAUAUGUAUUCGAUUUUUAUGGAAUGACCGUGGCCAAAUAUGUUGUAACGAUUGGAGCAACAUUUGGUCUAUGCGCCAGUUUGAUGGGUUCAAUAUUCCCGUUGCCACGUAUCGUUUACGCUAUGUCAAAUGAUGGAUUGAUUUUCGAGUGGAUGGGCCGCAUUCAUCCGCGAUUCCAGACACCCAUGUUGGGAACCCUAUUUGUUGGAACAUUGACCGGGCUUUUGGCGGCAUUCUUCAACUUGUCUCAGCUGGUCAACAUGAUGUCGAUCGGAACACUGAUGGCAUACUCAAUUGUGGCCGCAUGCGUUCUAUUGUUGCGCUAUGAAGUCGAAGAUGAAAAUGAAAAAAUGCACGUUCCAGCACCAUUUGGUCAAAAUAUCUUCCGUUUUCUGUGGAAUUCGGACAAUUUAAAAACACCCACCAAACUCACUUCAUCCAUUGUAACGUGGGAAGUUACGCUUUUCUGCUUCGUUUGCAUUUUAUUUGCGCUAAUCAUUGAAACAUUGUCAUAUCAAUUGUUGUGCUUUGUUUGGUGGGCGUGGACGUUGUUGGUGUGUGUUGGCUUCAUUAUGAUACUAAUUUUGGUAUUGAUCUCACGUCAACCGACCGCACGAAUCUAUGAAACAUUCACCGUGCCAUUUACGCCAUGGUUGCCCGCCAUCUCAAUCAUUAUCAACAUGUAUCUAAUGAUGAUGUUAGAUAUCAUGACUUGGGUCAGAUUUGGCAUUUGGAUUGCACUCGGGCUGGUAAUUUAUUUUUCGUAUGGUUUGUGGAAUAGUGUGGAACGUGCACGGUAUCAGCAGAAAAAUUUCAUCAAUAACAAACAAAACGAGGGCUGCAUAUUUACAUGCAGCAAAGAGAUUCUCGUUCCAACUGGACAAUAGAAAAACCACAACAAAGAAUAAGAGCCGAAUGAAAAUGAUUGAACUGUUAAUCUCGAAUUUCAAGCAAAUCCUGAAAUGGAUGCCAUUGUACUUACGUAUCUUUAAGACAUAUAUAAGAAAUAUGAGAAUAAAAAAAACAAAACCAAAA